AUGGGGAAGAUGAUGCUAUUGCUGACGGUCUUCAUCAUCUUUGGCGCUUUGUUCGUGGAGAGGCUCGUCGUAUUUCGGCAGAAGCUGUUUGCUGACAGAGUAGUGCCCCUCAAGCGCCUUCCCAACUGUGAACUCAUUCCAGGAAUUGACAAUGGAGCAGAAGAUAUUGACAUACUUCCUAAUGGAUUGGCUUUCUUCAGCUCUGGCCUGAAAUAUCCUGGUUUGAAAACCUUUGAACCUCAUAAAGGAGGGCAUAUAUUACUGAUGAACCUAAUGUCAGAAAGUCCUCGUCCAGUUGAACUGAAGAUUGAAGGUGGAUUUGAUAUAGAUACUUUUAAUCCUCAUGGGAUCAGUUUAUAUACGGAAAGGAAUGACAGCAUAUAUCUCUUUGUGGUUAAUCAUCCAGAAGGCAACUCAGCAGUGGAGAUAUUUCAAUUUUUUGAGGAAGAAAGAUAUUUGCUGUACUUAAGAACUGUCACUAAUGAGCUCCUAUCAAGUGUCAACGAUAUUCUCGCUGUGGGCCCUGAGCAUUUCUAUGCCACCAAUGACCGUUACUUCCGUUCAGAGACUGUUUCGGUAUAUGUGGAGAUGUUUUGGGGUUUGUCCUGGACAAAUGUUGUGUACUAUAGCCCAAAGAAAGUUAAAGAAGUAGCAUCAGGAUUUUACAGUGCCAACGGCAUUAAUAUGUCACCAGAUGGGAAGUUUAUCUACGUUGCUGAUAUUUUGGAUCAUAGCAUUCGUGUCUUUCAAAAAAUGUCUAAUAUGAAUUUAUCUCCUGUGAAGGUCCUGAAAUUGGAGACUAUCCUUGAUAACAUAUCAGUUGACCGUACAACUGGAGACCUCUGGUUAGGAUGUCAUCCCAAUGCUGCAAAACUCCUUUCUUAUGAUCCAAAGAAUCCCCCUGGCUCAGAGGUCCUUCAGGUCAAAGAUAUCCUUUCUGACAAACCCCAAAUCAAUCAAGUGUAUGUGGAUGAUGGGACAAUCAUCCAAGCAAGCUCAGUUGCUAUCAUGUUUAACAAACACCUCAUCAUUGGCACUGUGUUUCAAAAAGCUCUUUAUUGCCACCUGUAAUUGGCACUCCCAUGAGCUUUGUCUCAGAUGAGCCAUUCAGUGACAAUAGUCAUUGUCACUGAAAUCUGAGCCAAGCUUUCUGACAGAUGUGGUCUGUCAUAGUAAACUUUGACUUGCAUUACCAUAAAAAUUAGCACAAAUAUUGUUGUAUUCA